CCGCAGCUCCGCUCGCAGCCUCGCCAGGGUGCGCAGCGCUCCGCAGGACCCCCGGCAGCCGCCGCAGCUAUGUCUCGCUCCGUCAGCUUCAGCUCCCGCUCGGUGGCGGUGCCCGGGGCCAGCCCGGUGCGGGUCAGCAGCGUCUCCGCCGCCCGCGGGCUGAGCCGGGCGGGAGGCUUCGGCAGCUCCAGCCUCUACAGCCUGGGCUCCGGCAAGAGGAUCUCCCUGGCCGGGGGCAGCUCCUACAGCCUCCGCUCCGGCUACGGCUACGGAGGAGGCGUGGGGCUGGCUGGCCCCGGGGGCAUCCAGGAGGUCACCAUCAACCAGAGCCUGCUGACCCCCCUCAACCUGGAGAUCGACCCCAACAUCCAGCGGGUGCGCAAGGAGGAGAAGGAGCAGAUCAAGAGCCUCAACAACAGGUUCGCCUCCUUCAUCGACAAGGUCCGCUUCCUGGAGCAGCAAAACAAGAUGUUGGAGACCAAAUGGAGCCUCCUCCAGGACCAAAAGACCUCCAGGAGCAACAUAGGUCCCAUGUUUGAAGCCUACAUCAGCAACCUGCGCCGGCAGCUGGAUGCGCUGCUGGGGGACAAGGGGCGGCUGGAGGGAGAGCUGAAGAACAUGCAGGACCUCGUGGAGGACUUCAAGACCAAGUACGAGGAUGAAAUCAACAAGCGCACAGCAGCAGAGAACGAGUUCGUGGUGCUGAAGAAGGAUGUGGAUGCUGCCUACAUGAACAAAGUGGAGCUGGAGGCCAAGGUGGAUGCCCUAACAGAUGAGAUCAACUUCCUGAGGUCCCUCUACGAAGCGGAGCUGCAGGAGCUGCAGGCCCAAAUCUCUGACACCUCCGUGGUGCUCUCCAUGGACAACAGCAGAAACCUGGACCUGGACAGCAUCAUCGCAGAGGUCAAGGCGCAGUACGAGGAGAUCGCCAACCGCAGCCGGGCGGAGGCCGAGUCCUGGUACCAGAGCAAGUACGAGGCGCUGCAGGUGACGGCCGGGAAGCAUGGCGAUGACCUGCGCAGCACCAAGAGCGAGAUCGCCGAGAUCAACCGCAUGGUCCAGAGGCUGCAGGGGGAGAUCGAGGGGGCCAAGGCUCAGCGAGCCAAGCUGGAGGCCUCCAUCGCCGAGGCGGAGGAGCGCGGGGAGCUGGCGCUGAAGGACGCCAAGGCCAAGCUGGAGGAGCUGGAGGCAGCGCUGCAGAAGGCCAAGCAGGACAUGGCCAGGCAGCUGCGUGAGUACCAGGAGCUGAUGAACGUCAAACUGGCACUGGACAUCGAGAUUGCAACCUACAGGAAGCUGCUGGAGGGCGAGGAGAGCAGGUUGGCUGGAGAUGGAGUUGGCAACGUCAACAUCUCUGUGGUCAGCUCCAGUGGUGGAGGAGCCUACGGCAGCUCUGGAGGGUUCCUGGCAGGAGGAGCUGGAGGAGCCCUCAGCCUGGGGGCAGGAAUGGGCAGUGGGGCUCUGGGCUUCUCCUCAGGGGGCAGCUCCAAAUCCUACACCAUCACCACGACCUCAUCCAGCAGGAGAAGCAUCAGGAAGUAGCUCCAGGAGGGGAGAGCAGCAGCAGGGAGGGGAGGGGGAAAGCCACAGGGAGACUCUUGGAGGCUUCUGUAGGACACUUUGGCUGCAGUGAUGGAGGAGCUGGAGCAGGACCCCCCAGAGUGACCCUCCCAGGCUUGAGCCUGCCCUGAGGAACCUGCAGAGAUCCACAGGAUGGGUUGGGCUGGAUGGGACCUUAGAGGUCACCCAGGUCCAAGUCACCUUCCACCAGGAGGCCUCAUCCUGCCUGCCCCAUUCCAGGUUCAAGCCUGCAGGGUGGAACUCACCCCACGAAGCAGGGGGGAGGAAGCUCUGUGGGCUUGGUCCCCUCUGCUGGGGGCUGGGUCUCAGCCUUCAAAGGGCAAAGCAAGGCAGAAGAGCCCCAGCAGGUGACCCCCCCCAGUGCAGCUUGGGAGGUUUGAUCCCCCCCUUAGGCUCCUCAAGGACCCCAACCCUCAGCUCAGCUCUCAGCUUGGGGCUCCCCUCAGAGCACACCCAAGGAGGAGGCAGUGAAAGUGCUUUGGGCUCCUCCUGACCUGCCUCAGGAGUGGAACUCCACAAACUGCUCUGGCUGGAGCUGGUCCCUGGCCAGGGCAGCAUUGGAGGCUCCUCAGAGCCAAGAGAUCCCCCAGCAACCUCCUCCCCUCCCCCAGCAACCUCCUCCCCUCCCCCAGCCAGUCCUGCUCUUCCCCCAGAGCUUGAGGGAGGUGAAGUUGCCUACAGCUGGCAAAUGGGAGCUAACAGCCUCCAUCCUGGGGGGGUCAUCAACCAUCCUGGGGGGUUCAGCCUCCAUCCUUGGGGGGUCAGUCUCCAUCCUUGGGGUUCAGCCUCCAUCCUUGUGGGGGUUCAGCCUCCAUCCUUGUGGGGUCAGUCUCCAUCCUUGGGGUUCAGCCUCUAUCCUUGAGGGGGUUCAGCCGCCAUCCUUGGGGGGUCAGCCUCCAUCCUUGGGGGGUCAGCACCCAUCCUCGGGGAGUCAUCCCCCAUCCUGGGAGUGUCUUUUGGACCCCCUUAGGAGUUCAGAGGGUUCCUGGUGGUGUCUGAUGGCUUCAGUACAGCCCAAACCAAAGUGUGCUUGGUUGAGGCCCCACGAGAGCCACUUCUGGCUCCUACCACAGUGGGUCUUCAACUCAGGCUUCUUCUGGCUCCUGCCAAGGGAGCCUUCAGCUUUGGACAUCUUCCAGCUCCUGCCAGAAAGGGUCUCCAGCUGCAAGCCUGCCCAGGGAAGCAGCCAGCUCCUCCCUGGUCACUCACUCCAAGAGCUGUUGUGUCCCCCCCAGCCGUGUCCCAGCAGCCUCCCUGGGGCUGCUGCUUGAUGUCUUUUGCCAUCUGAGACCUCAGCAAGAGGCUCUCAAUAAAGUUCUCCUCUCCUGUG